AUGCCAGCCUCGCCAUAUCUUGACCAACUGAACCAGGAUGGCUUCGUCGUCAUCAAGUCCAUUGUCGACAAGGACAAGCUUGACGCUCUGCGCAAGGCCAGUACCAAGGCCGCCGACUUGGCGCGCAGCGGGGGAUGGCCGCACGUCCGGACCGUGGGCAAGCAGUUCCCCCCGUGGGAUGCCAGCCAGGCUCGCGAGCACGGAAUCUGGGGCGUUCAGCACCUUAUGAAGCCCGACCUACCAGGUCACGAGCUCUUCACCGAGCUGUACUUUUCCGACGCCGUCAUCGGAAUCGUCAGGCAGCUGCUCCAGUGUGAGGAUGACCAGCUCAUCAUGGAGCUCUUCAACAUGCUGGUGAGACCCGACAAGGACUUUGAGUUGAGGUGGCAUCGCGAUGACAUCCCGGCCGAGGCUAUGCCCCAAGAGGAGAUGGAGCGGCUCGGGAAGCACGCGUAUCACGCCCAGUACAACUUUGCCCUGUGGGAGGAUGAUUCCCUGAUCGUCGUGCCCGGCUCUCACAGGCGCGCCAGGACAGACGUCGAGCGAGACGCCGAUCCCUUUGCCAAGUCACUGCCAGGCCAGCUUAUCGUCAAAUUACAGCCCGGCGACAUUGUCUUCUACAACAACAACAUCCUGCACCGUGGCGUAUAUAGCAGCAGUAAAGAACGCAUGACACUGCACGGUUCCGUGGGCCAUGUACAGGGCAGCACUCUGCGGGCGAGGAACGUCUUGCAGCACGGGGUUGGCAGCUGGGUCGACAAGUGCGCCUUUGGGCCGCUCGAGGACGCCCAGAGGCGGAGGGCAGAGGGGAUGAGACAACGCCUUGUCCGCCUGGGCAGUGAGAGCGGUCAGGUCGGCUUCUCGCUUCAGGGUUGA